AUGCCUAUAAAGCGAGAUAUAGGCCACACAACACCCGCGGUCAAUGGGUCAGAUGGACCGGCUGGAGACGAAGUGGUUCAGAAUGGGAACCAUGUCAAUGGCACCGAUGAGAUACUGGAUAUGGUCAUCGUGGGUGCUGGAUUCGCGGGAAUCUAUCUGCUGCAUCAACUGAGGAAACUGGGCUUCAAGGCCAAAAUCGUCGAGGCUGGAUCUGAUCUUGGCGGUAUCUGGUACUGGAAUCGAUAUCCAGGCGCCCGAGUGGACAGUCAGUAUCCGGUCUAUGCGCUGUCCAUUCCCGAAGUAUACCGGGACUGGACUUGGUCAUCGCAUUAUCCCGACCACGCCGAGCUGCGAGAAUACUUUCAACACGUUGAAAACUGCCUUCACGUCAAGAAGGACUGCGUCUUCAACACCAAAGUCACCGAGGCUGUGUGGGACGACGAGACGUGCCUGUGGACGAUCCGAUGUGAGAACGGCCUGACGUUCCGGACCAAAUACUGGACGGCAUGUACCGGUUUCGCGGCGAAACGGUACUUUCCUGACUGGGAGGGCCUGGAGGAUUUCAAGGGUGUGAUCCAUCAUUCCAGUUUCUGGCCCAAGGAGGGCGUCGACGUGAAGGGGAAGCGCGUGGCUGUGAUUGGGACUGGCGCCACGGGCGUGCAAAUCACACAAGAGGUUCAAAUCGGCGAAGACGGACACUUGGAAAUGUUUCAGCGGACCCCGAAUCUAGCGUGCCCGAUGAAUCAGGUAUACCUGACCAAGGAAGAACAAGCCAAGGUCGUCGAGGAGCUGGCGGGGAGAUUUGCCGACCGCAACAACUACUACAAUGGCUUUCUCUAUCAAUGGCGCGACAACUUGACUUUCGACCAUUCAAAGGAGGAGAGAAUGGAGUUCUAUCAGAUGUUGUGGAAGAUGGGAGGUUUCCGUUUCCUCAUGAACAAUUACUAUGACAUGACUCGCGACCCGAAGGCCAACCAGGAGGCGUACGAAUUCUGGCGAGAUCGUGUACGAGAGCGAGUUCGCGAUCCGAGAAAGCAGGAGCUGCUUGCGCCGUGGGAACGCCCUCAUCUCUUUGGCGGAAAACGCCUUUCCCUCGAGCAGGACUUUUAUGACCACUUCAAUAAACCCAACGUCGACGUGGUCGAUGUUAGAAACAAUCCUAUUAAAAAAUUCGUCGCCGACGGCAUCAUCCAGGAGGACGGGACGUUCCAUAAACUCGACAUCAUCGCCCUGGCCACGGGCUUCGACUCCAUUACUGGUGGACUGAAGGAUAUGAAGAUCUCGGGCGUCAACGGCGAAAUCCUAACGGAUAAAUGGGCCAAAGGCACCUGGACAUACUUGGGCAUUUCAACUGCCCAUUUCCCCAAUUUCUUUUUUACAUACGGCCCGCAAGCCCCAACGGCCUUCUCGAACGGACCCUCGUGCAUCGAGAUCCAAGGCGACUGGAUCGCGUCGGUCCUCGCAGACAUGCGCGAGCGAGGCCUCAAGAAGAUCGACCCCGAGCGGACCGCCGAGGAAGACUGGAGAAAACUGGUCUUUGAGCUGAUCAGCGACACACCCCGAGGGAAGGUCGACUCGUGGUACAACGGAGCCAAUAUCCCGGGCAAACCGCGCGAGCAUUUGAACUACGCUGGGGGCAUUCCACGGUACAAGAAGACGCUCGAGCAGGUUAGAAAAGACGGAUAUACUGGGUUUACCCUUGCAUGA